GUUGAGUGUGCCAACGUAACAGCACAACAUAAAUGCAACUUGCUCUCUCUUUUUCAUUCAUCCAUCCAGCUACAGCUACAGAUGCAAAUAAUGCUCUCAAACCCCUUUUUCACCAUUCUUCUUCUUCUUCUCUCUUUCAAUUAAAUUCCUUUCUUUUGCUUUGAUUCAAUUCAUCUCUCAAAUUGUUGCUUUUCCUCUGAUCCUCUCUCUCUCUCUCUCUAUCUCUCUUUCACCACACCCGAUGAGCGAUAUUAAGGGAAGAAGUGGGUUUUGUGCGUUGCCGUUGCCAGAUGCCAGACAAAUUUGCUUUAGAAAAGGUCUUCUUUAUGGAUUUUCGCGAGUCUUUUCUAUACCAUUGAAAACACUUCGUGGAGCUAGUCGAUCACUGAGGGUAGAUCAAUUUUGCAGUGUAGUCAAUAUUUCUUCCUCAUUAAUGAUUGAAUUGGUUCCAUGCCUAAGGGACAAUUACGCAUACCUUUUAUACGAUGUAGAUACAGGGACUGUGGGUGUUGUUGAUCCUUCUGAAGCUGCGCCAGUUAUAGAUGCUUUAACCAAGAAAAAUCUAAAUUUGACAUACAUACUGAAUACGCACCACCAUAAUGAUCACACUAAUGGAAAUGCAGAGUUGAAAGAAAGGUAUGGGGCAAAGGUAAUUGGUUCUGAUGUAGACAAGGAAAGAAUUCCUGGUAUUGAUAUUUAUUUGAGUGAUGGAGAUAAGUGGAUGUUUGCUGGUCAUGAGGUGCAUAUAAUGGCCACUCCUGGUGUCACCCGAGGCCAUAUAAGCUUCCACUUUCCUGGAUCUGGUGCAAUUUUUACAGGAGACACCUUGUUCAGUUUAUCAUGUGGCAAGAUCUAUGAAGGAACCCCAGAACAGAUGCUGUCUUCUCUUAAAAAGAUCAUGUCAUUGUCAGAUGAUACCAGUAUAUAUUGUGGUCAUGAAUAUACAUUGAAUAAUUCAAAGUUUGCAUUGUCCAUAGAUCCUGAAAACAAGGAACUUCAAUCUUAUGCUUCACAUGUAGCUCACCUUAGAAAUAAAGGCUUGCCCACGGUUCCAACUACACUGAAGCUGGAAAAGGCUUGCAAUCCAUUCCUUCGCACCUGGAACACAGAAAUCCGGCAAAAACUAAACGUUGCAGCCACUGCAGACGAUGCAGAAGCCCUUGGUGUUAUUCGACAAGCAGAGGAUAAAUUUUAGAAUUUUUUUCCAAUAUAAAUUUUCAUUUCUAUAGAUAUGUAUUGUGUAUAGGUUAGGUUAUUGAAUUCAUUGACAUUUACUUGUCGGUGUCUUAAUAUAAUUUUUGAAUUCUCUUGA